UUUGUGAUCUUUCCAAACUGAUUGAUUACUUACUUAGUCAUCCCUCUAGUUUAAUGGGAUCCAUUCAAUUGAGAAGGUGGAGCACUUGCAUGAAUUAACAUAUUCCUUUUGCCCUCAAUCUGUGCUGAAGUGUCUUACUUUUUGCCUAAAGAAGGGGCAAGGAAAGGGGGUCGUGGCUUAACAUUAUAAAGGAAAAAAUAACAGCAUCGCCUUCUUGGUUGGUGUAGAAUCUGUGUCUUGACAAGCUGUUAUAAAAUCUGAAGCGGGACCUGGGAAAGACCUUAAGAGGAAUUCUGUGGAGAUAAGAUUUUUGAGGAGAUUUCAUUCUUUCCAUUCUUCUUCUUAUUAUUAUUAUGUUAUUAUAAUAAGAAUUAUUGUAAUAUAAUUAUUAUUGUUCUGUUUUGCCCUUUUUCUUCUUUUCAAAAUUUUCGGUCCUCUUUGAAAAUGAAACUUUGGACUUUUCUCCCCUGGCUUCCUUGCCUUUUGAUUUGUAUCAUGUGUUUGGGAUCAGAGUGCGGGACUGUCCGGAGAACUGGUAGAUCUAAGAGAGACUUGGUGCGCAUUAGGGAAGCCAGAGUCACCUUCCCUGGGGCUUGCGCCACACGCCUGCCUCGGGGCAAACGUUCUUUGCCCGGGAUGGAUCGGCGGUCACCUCGCCAGCACCGUCGCUCCUCCCAGGCGGAGGAGAGCACUCCUGGUCGGGGAAAGGCUGUUUAUUUUACCGGCAGAGGAGACCAGCUACGACUGAAGCCUGGCGUGGAGGUACCGAGAGGAAAUUUCACGCUGGAAAUGUGGAUCAAACCAGAGGGAGGGCAGCGAUCACCCGCUGUAAUUGCAGGCCUUUAUGAUAAGUGCUUCUACGCCUCCAGUGACCGCGGCUGGCUGCUGGGCAUCAGAGCCGUUAGCGAGCAGGGAAACCGAGACCCCCGCCUUUUCUUCUCCCUCAAGACCGAUCGUGCUCACAAAGUCACCUCCAUCACUUCCAAUGCACGUUACCUGCCCAACCAGUGGUCGCACUUGGCGGUCACAUACAAUGGGCUGUACAUGAAGCUGUUUGUGAAUGGCGCUCAGGUGGCUGUGAGCCGUGAGCAGUCAGGCGAGGUCUUCAGCCACCUCACCAAGAAGUGCAAGGUGCUGAUGAUUGGUGGCAACGCACUGAACCAUAACUACCGGGGCUCCGUGGAGCAGUUGACACUUUGGCGCCGGGCGCGGUCCCAGCAGGAGAUCAUGUGGGGCAUGCGUGGACAUGGGCAAGAGCAGCUGGAUGAACUCUCCCAGCUGGUCAUCCACGAGAGCUUCCACAAUGCCUCGCACAAGUGGAUGACUGUUAAAGAUGGCAGCUUGCCCCAGGCAGAGGACCAGGGGCGAGCAGGGCCAGGGGAUAUGUGGUUCUCUCUGGACACCAUCCUGGAGCCCCCGCCCUGUGGCCAGACAGUGUGCGACAACAUGGAGGUGAUAACCAACUACAAUAAUUUCUGGAGCUUCCGCAAGCCCAAGAUCGUGCGCUACCGCGUGGUGAACGUCUAUGAUGAUGCCCGCCUCAAGCCCACAGUCACCGAGCACCAGAUCCACCUGCAGCACCAGCACUUGAACGACGCCUUCCGUGCUUACAACAUAACCUGGGAGCUGAGCGUACACAACGUAUACAACUCCUCGCUGCGGAACCGCCUGGUGCUGGCCAACUGUGACAUCAGCAAGGUGGGUGACGAGGAGUGCGACCCUGAGUGCAACCACACCCUCACUGGCUUCGAUGCUGGUUACUGCAAGAAGCUGAAGACCUACUGUCCGGAGAGCAAGCAGGGCAAUGGAGUCUGCGACCCAGAGUGCAACUGGGACAACUAUUACUAUGACAAGGGAGACUGCUGCAACCCCAACAUCACUGACGUCACCAAGACCUGCUUCAACCCCUCCUCUCCUCUCAGAGCAUAUUUGGAUGUGAAGGAACUGAAGGAGAUCUUGAACCUCGAUGGCUCCAUGCAUCUCAACAUCUUUUUCGCCAAUUCGUCCGAUGAAGACCUGGCGGGAGUGGCUACCUGGCCCUGGGACAAAGAGGCCCUGACACAUCUCGGUGGAAUUGUGCUCAACCCCUCCUUCUAUGGCACCUUUGGUCACACCCACACUAUGGUCCAUGAGAUUGGCCACAGCCUGGGACUGUACCAUGUGUUUCGCGGGAUCUCAGAGAUCGAGUCAUGCAACGAUGCCUGCUUAGAGACAGAGCCGUCACUGGAGACUGGCGACCUGUGUGCUGACACCAACCCCACGCCCAAAUACAAGCAAUGCAGGGACCCCGAGCCUGGAAAUGACACCUGUGGCCGUCGGCAUUUCACAAAAACACCCUUCAACAACUAUAUGAGCUAUGCAGACGAUGACUGCACAGAUUCCUUCACACUGAACCAGGUAGCAAGAAUGCACUGCUACCUGGAUCUGAUCUACCAGUCCUGGCAGCCCAGCAGCAAGCCGCCACCAGUUCCCAUGGCACCCCGGGUGGUGGAGCAAGAGCAGGACGUCCUUACACUGGAAUGGUUCCCGUCCAUCACCAGUCAUUUCUACGACAGAGAAGUGGGAUCAGUGUGUGACAGAUGCACUGAGGGUAGAGUCCUCCUACAGUACGCCUCCAACUCCUCCUCUCCCCGCCCCUGUGCCCCCUCUGGAUACUGGAGCCCUCGAGAGGCUGAAGGCCCACCAGAUGUAGAGCAGGUCUGUGAGCCGAGCGUUCGCACCUGGAGCCCGAAUGCGGGUGUGGACUCCAGCAGCGUGGGCUCUCCCCCAUGCCCUCUUCAAGGCUGCAUGCUGCAGCUGGAGUUCCCGUACCCGCUGGUGCCCGAAUCUCUCACCGUCUGGGUCACCUUCUUCUCGCCCGAGGAGACAGCGCUGCCUGCCAUCCACAACAUCCUUCUGCUGACCGUGGGCGGCGAGAACGUCUCGCUGGGCCCAAGGGAUGUCUUCUGUGACACGCCCCUGACGCUGAAGCUGGAUGUGCGGGAGGAGGUGUAUGGCGUGCAGUUCUUCACCACCGAGCAGCACCUGGAGAUCGACGCCACGCUGCUUGCCUCCAAGCCCGACUGCCCCCUAUGCCGUGCAUGCCAGCCCCUCCGUUACCGCCUGGUGCGCCAGCCACCCUUCUCCCACGCCCCCCAUGGCCUGCUCAUCUCCUCCCCAAGCCGGAGAUACGUGGACAGGGAUGUGGAGCUGGGUGGAGAAUACACAUACCAUGUACUGACCGUGUCUAAAAGAGCAGAGAGCGAACCAUCACCAGCGCUAACUCACAAGCUGGGGAUGCCGUACUGCGGAGAUGGCCGCAUACAAAGAUCGCUGGGGGAGCAGUGCGACGACAUGAACUCUGCCAAUGGGGACGGCUGCUCCAGCCAGUGUCGGAAGGAACCUUUCUUCAACUGCGUGGAUGAACCCAGCAUGUGCUAUUUCUACGACGGGGAUGGUGUGUGUGAGGACUUUGAGAGGGAGACGAGUGUGCGUGACUGCGGUCUGUACACGCCCAGCGGCUUCUUGGACCAGUGGGCCAUGUCGGUGGAGGUGUCGCACGAGGAGAGCAUGCACUGCCCAGGCGAGGUCGCGGUGGGGUACCCUGCGGUUACCAAGACAUGCCAGUCGAAGGCCUUCGACCUGUCCAAUGGCGUGUCCCAGUAUGCCUGGUUCCCCUGCCAGGAGGCGCCACUGCACAACUGGAACCUGCAGUACUGGCUCAAGGCUUACUACUCUCAUCCCAUGGUGGCUGCGGCGGUCAUCAUUCACCUGGCGGCGGAUGGGACUGGCUACAUAGACCAGACGCAGUGCAACAUCUCCGUCCAGCUGGUGGACACCAAGGACCAGAUACACAGCUUAGGUGACUGGAGACUGAGCUGCAGGAACAACCCCCUGGUGAUCCCAGUGAGCCACGAUCUCAGCACAGCCUUCUACCGCACCAAGGCCAUCCAGGUGAAGUUCCGCUCUCACCUGGUGGCCAUCUCCGGCGUGGGGCUGCGCUCCUUCCAGUACUUCGACCCCAUCACUAUCAGUGGCUGCCAGAGCAACGAGAUCUACAACCCCAUGGGCCAGAGCUGCGUCCAUUACUCCUGUGAACUCAUCGACUGCCAGGAGCCCUUGGUCCACAAUGCGGACAUGAGGUGCAACAGCCCAGGCUUCUACAACGGCGCCCGCUGCACCAUAACCUGUCACCGCGGGUAUGUCCUGCAGAUCCACCGAGACGAUGAUAUCAUCAAGACCCAGUCAGACUCCAUGGUGACCAUCACCUGCGCCGACGGCAAGUGGAACAAGCAGGUGACGUGCGAGCCGGUGGACUGCGGCCGGCCGGACAAGUACCACGUCCACCCCGCCAUCUUCCACUUUCCAGAGGGAACCACGUAUGGCAAGAAAUGCUCCUUCCAGUGCAAAGAGCCAGCGCAGCUUGUAGGCUCUAAUAAUACUCUGACGUGCAUGGAGGACGGGAUGUGGUCUUUCCCCGCGGCUCUCUGUGAGCUGCGAUGCCCCGCCCCCCCGCCUGUACCCAAUGCUGUGCUGCAAACCAAGCGCUGCAAUGCCACUGGCCUCAAGGUCGGCUCCUUCUGCAAGUACAAGUGCAAGCCCGGGUACCACGUUCCCAACACCGACAAGCCCAAGAGACGGGCAUUCAAGAGGCAGUGCACAGAGGACGGGAGCUGGCAAGAGGGGGCCUGUGAGCCUGUGACCUGUGACCCCCCGCCCCCCAUCUUCCACGGCAUGUACCAGUGCACCAAUGGUUUCAAGUUUAACAGUGACUGCUGGAUCAACUGCAACAGUGCCAACCACACGGUGAGACUGCACCCUCCAUGCAAGCAGGGUCCCACCUCCAACGUCAUCCGGUGCAGGAAGGAUGGGAACUGGACUGGGUCAUUUAAGGUGUGCCCCCAGCUGAAGGGACAGUGUGCUCUCCCCCAGAACCUCAGCCCCAGCAUGUGGGUCAACUGCAGGCGUGGAUACGGGAUCGGUGAGGAGUGCGAGCUCACCUGUAAGGACAGAAAUAACAACGUGGUAAUCCUGACCGGCAACAUGACCACUGAGAUCGUGAUGAAGGAUCACUGGAGGAAUCCGGAAAAAGUCAAGAGUAUUGUGUGCACCAUGGGCCUGAAGUGGUACCCCCAGCCAGAGACCCUGCACUGCAUCAAAGGCUGUGAGCCUUUCAUGGGUGACAAUUACUGUGAUUCCAUCAACAACCGGGCUUUCUGCAACUAUGAUGGCGGCGACUGCUGUCACUCCACCGUCAAGACUAAAAAGGUGAUUCCCUUCCCUAUGUCGUGUGACAUCCGAGGAGACUGUGCCUGCCGAGAUCCCAAUGCCCAGGAAAACAUCAAAGGGGGACGACACCGUAACCUGGGCUGAGUGCUGGGCCAGCACCGGCCCCCCCCACACACACACACACACACUCCUCCCGCUUCCAGAUCCCACCCCCUGCCCCCCCGGCAGAGCGGGGCAGAUCAGGACAGCCUCUACAUACAUUCCUCUACAUGCUACUUACAGGAGUACCUCCCUUUUCUCAUACCACACCCCCACAUUUACGCAACCUGCCUUCUCCGCCUCAUCAGGAAUCAACACGGGGACUAAAGUGGGAAUGAAUACACUACAACAACAACAACAAAAUAAAUUAUGAAAUGAAUGAUAUGGAAAAACAAAAUAUUUUUUUUUUUUUUAUUGUGAAAAGGGAGAAAAAGAAAACCACAGCAAGCAAACCAAGGUAGACUUUCCGGCCAUGGAAACGAACAUCAACUCAAAGCCUGGAUAGCAUGAUUGUCUAGUUUUGUGCUGAAGCUUUAGUAGCCAUUUUUGCCGGCUGUGCUAUAAUGUCUUUAUUUUUUUAAGAACAGGAGAAACAAAUAAAAUUGAGAGAAAGAAAGGGAGAUAAAACAACAUGCCAAAAAGAAAAAGAAGACAACAGCUGUCAGUUUUGGUACUCUUAUGAUGAAGGGGCUAUGUAUUAAUAUUUUGUCCAUGAAAAAAGAAGGUUAACACAAAACAGAGGAGAGAAAAAAGGAGGCUCUGACCUUUGACCUUCAUCUAAAGGUCACGAGUCGCCUCUCACUUGUUAUUCCUUUUUUCAUUUCCAUUUCUUGUUUUAACUUCUUUCUUUAUCACUUUGUAUUAGCAGAUGAAGGAAAGGUUUUGAGUUCUCUUUAUUUUGGGGAUAAAGGCAGUAUGGGUGAGGGGAGACCUCAGAGGUUGUAUUGGUGUAAUGUCUGGGUGCGAGUUGAGGUGCUGAGAAAUUUUACGGAGAGUUUGAGUUAAACCCAUCAGAGGUGUCAAAUUUUAUCCGAAAAUGCUGAUGUAGAUACAGGUUUUUGUUUUUAGUCCAGCACUUUCAUCGCCUGAUUCAAAUAAUUAACUAAUCAUGGUCUUCGAUCAAGACCUUGAUAAGUAAAAUCAACUGUGUUAGUGCUGGGCUUUAACACUGGCCCUUUCUGGAUAAGAUUGGACACCCUGAUCCUACAUAUUCAAUCAACAAGAAAAUGUUUAUAGGGACUCAGGGGUGGUCAACAGAUGAGCGUGGGGACAGAGGUCACUAUUGGCUCUGGAAAGAUGACCCUCAUUCUAAUUAGCUGAGGGUAAAUACAACACAAAUCCCCUGAUAAAUAGCCAAUAUAAAAGAACAGAAAGUAGAUAGAUUAAGACUAAAGACGAGGGGCAGGAAAUUGGAUUGGUUGUGUGUUGUGCGGCUGUCGCUGCUGCUAGUUUUGCUGCUAUUUGCGUUACAGCCAAACAGAAAUCUGUGGGCCAUUCCAAGGGAGAUGGUGAUGUCAGACAGAAUUUUGCCUUAAAGCUUACCUCUAACCAUCUGUGAGACAUCUGUGUACAGUAGCUUUUUAUGUGAGAAUGCAUGUUACUAUACUGUACUCGCACAAAGUAAUGCCUUUAAUUUCACAUGCGAUUGGUGUGUGUGUAUGUGUGUGGAUUUUGUGUGUGUAUACACUGAAGUCCAGUCCCAGAAAUCUUUUUACACACACGUGCAUACAAACACGCAUCCUUUCUUCCAUGCAUGCACAUGUGUGCACAAACAAACACAAACACACACACAUGUAUGCAUAUGCAGACACUCAAACUCACGCGAUAUGUCCAUUUUAACUAUCGGCAGUCUGUCCUCAGUUCCUACACAGCAGGUACAGUUUUUGGGACAAGCUUUGAAAGGAGACAUAGCAGGUGUAUUCAGAUUUACACAAGACUCAUUACCCAAUAUGUCAUGUCUCCCACAAGGCUCUCUGCUGUCAAACUCUACCACAGUUGGAGAAUGUAAUUUUGGCCACAUGGAUGUAGUCUUCUCAGUACCGUCACAGAAUUUCCCUUUUUGCCUCAGUUGCAGAUGUUUUCGCCUUCUGUGUGUUUUUAAAUGAAAAGAAAUCAGUGAAGGACAAACAGUUUUGUUUACAUGACCAUUUUUUAUCCUUUACACAUGUUACCAAAGCAUUUCUGGCCAUAGAUAAUUCUGGCAGAAAUGUAGCUGACUGCUAUCAGCCACCACUGAGAGACCAGUAGAGACCAGGGUCUAAUGUUUCUUUCACUUAGGAUUAGUGUUAAUACUCGCUCUGGCAAUGCACUAGUGCAAAUAGUUUUUUUUCUUUGUCAUUGAGAUUUUCCAUUGGUGAACAGCAUUCUCAUCCAGAAAUAAGUCAGUAACAUCUAGCCUGCCAAUUAUUGCAACCUCACACUGAAAAUCUCCACCUGUAGAAAACCACUGUUAUACAACUCCCUCUGUCCUGCUCUCCGUUUCUCCAUUCAUCUUCCUGGAACACUCACAUUACCCUCCUUUUGCACGCAAACAUAAGUAAUCCAAAGUCAUCCCCUAGCAUCCGCAUCAGAAUGUGAUUCAUGUGACAAUGUAUUUAGAAAGAAUUAACCGGCGAUCUGUAAGACAGACAUCCCCCUCCCUGCCCCCGUCUCCUGUCUCCUUCUCUCCCGUUCUGGUUCUCUUUCCCAGUUAUAACUGUAGCUUCAUCCUGGUUGCUACCUGUGUUGUUACAAACAGUCUAUUACAGUGGGUCUGAAGCUGUCACACUGACAGCGACAGCUUCAGGGCAGUGAGGCUGUGCGAAGCACACUGACCCAAAUGAGUUGAACAGGAAAAAGGAAAAAAAUAUGUAUUCAAAGAAAAUAUAUAUCAUGUUGCGUCGAAGAAUUGGGCAGUUUUGAAAAAAAAAAUUUUUUAAAGGUAGUUUUCUUUAGAUGCAACAUUUGCAUAAUGGUCGUUUCGUGCAUAGGAGGAAGGCAUAAGGUAGAUAAUGUGUUUUUUGUCUUUUAAAGGUGUUUUAUUUUUAUUUGUUGCUGUUUUUAUUAGAUUUUUUUUACAAACUGUACCCAUAUUUAAUCAGUAUUUGUAUUAUUGACCUCAGUUACUGCACUUGUUUUUGUACAGUCAUUUAAGAAAAAAGAAUGAACAAAACAACAAACCAUCUACUUUAGAAAAAAGCUGCUAUGGUCAGACAGGUAUUUUUUUAUGUUUAUAUUUGAUUUUUUAUUAUAUAUGUAUAUGUAUAUUAUUAUUGUUGCUAUUAUGAUUGCUAUUAUUUUUAACAUUUGUAUUGUUGUUGCGUAUCACCUGAAUUUAUAGAGUAGAAUACUAAGUCAGAACAAAUACACAAAUACGUGGAUAUUGAGGAUAUAGCAGCUACCAAAAUGGGACAAUCAAAAGUAAGAGGUGUUUUUUUGGAAAGAAUAAGCCCAACGUUCAGUAGCUGCAUGGUCUGCUUAGAAAAAAUGCAUUUCCCAAAUAAACUAGCAAACAAGCAUGAGCAUACAGUGCAAAGGACAGUAGGGAAGAUAGUACAACAGCUAUUAAAAACAAAGGUAGAUAUAUUUUUUUUAAAUAAGUUUUUUUAUUUUACAUAUAGCUCUGGUAAAAUAAAUGUAUUAUUAUGUGAUAGUUAAUCAAUAUGUGCUUUUUUGUUGAUACUGUUAAACUAUAUGUAAUUGUAUGCAAAAAUACUGCUGCUUUCAAAUUGAGUAUUACCAAUGGGGGAGAGAGAGGGGAGUGCACAAACUAUAACCAGUAUACAAUACCAGUUUUUACCAGUACACGUGAAUAGAUACGUAUAUAUAUUUAUGUAUAUGUAUAUCAAAAAGACUGACAGUUGCAUUUUAAAUCCAUAAAGGACUCCCGGACAAUAGCCACACAGCCAAUCUGUUUCCUCAAGAUGUUUCACAACAUUACCAUGUACCUUACUUCAUUGAACUCAUUAGUACUGGACCAAGCUGGACCAGUCAACCUCUUUGUGUCUUUGUCUAUUUGCAACUCUCAUUUAUUUUAUUCUUUUUUUAUUUCCCCCUUGGAAAAUUUUUCAUAGCUAUCUAGCAAACCUCCAAAUCCAAGCUGUGAUCCUGCUGCUCUCCUUGUGGCUUGACUGCUCUUGUGAAACACGAAUCUCAUUGUUCUUUGUUGGUCAGCAUUAAUUUUCUUUUUCUUCUUUUUUUCUUCUAAAACAUCAUAUAUUUUGGAAGCCAUGAAAAAUGAGUCAAAUGAACUUUCAGAGGAAAAAUUGUUUUGAGGGAGAACAAUGCUAACAGUCUACUGUAAACACCGGGCCCUUUUGUUGUACCUCAUGCCUGUAAUGUUUGCUGCUUCUGUUUUUAGAUAGUUAGUAAUUUAAGUCUCCUAGCAAUAUAUAAUGGUGUAAAUAGUAGAAUUAUUUAUUGAGAAUGUCAUAAUUUUUAUUUAUAUUUACACAGUGUUCAUCUAAGUUAUUUUUUACUUUGCCAUUGUAAACUUAUUUGGUGUGAACAGAAUUCAGAACUGUUUUUAUUUUCCCUUUUUUUCUUCCUGUUCUCAUUAUGAACUACAGGUCUAACCUUACUGCAAGAAAACAUCAGGAUGCAA